AUGACUGUGGGGAAUAUGGAGAGUGCUGAGCUGUUUGAUGCUGGGAAGAAAGGUCGAGGCCUGAGGGCCACCAAAGAGCUCAAUGCCGGGGAAGUGGUCUUCGCCGAGGCCGGUUUCUCUGCUGUGGUCUUCGACAGUUUGGCCACUCAAGUGUGCCACAGCUGUUUCCGGCACCAGGUCAAACUGCACCGCUGUGCCCAGUGUAAGUUUGCCCAGUACUGCGACCGCACCUGCCAGACUGCAUGCUGGGAUGAACACAAGCAGGAAUGUGGAGCCAUCAAGAAGAUCGGCAAAGCACCCAGCGAGAAUGUUCGUCUGGCUGCUCGUGUGCUGUGGCGUAUACACAAGGACACAGGCAUUGUGUCAGACACUCAGCUGAUCUCAGUGGACAAGCUGGAGGACCACGUAGCUGAUCUACCUGAAGAAGAACUCAAGCAGCUCAACACAGACGUGCAAAGCUUCCUGGAGUACUGGUCUUAUGGAAGAAAGCAGCACUCUGUCGACUACAUUUCGCACCUCUUUGGCAUUAUCAAGUGUAAUGCAUUCACAAUGAGUGACCAGAGAGGCCUGCAGGCUGUCGGUGUGGGUCUUUUCCCAAACCUUUGUCUGGUCAACCAUGACUGUUGGCCCAACUGCACCAUCAUCCUCAACCAUGGCAACCAGUCAGCGUUGAGCUCUGCUCUCCACUCUCAGAGGAGGAUCGAGCUGAGAGCUCUAGGUAAAAUCUCAGAGGGGCAGGAGCUGACCGUCAGCUACGUCGACUUUCUCAAUCUGUCUGCUGACCGCCAGAAGAAACUGAAGGAGCGUUUCCACUUCGAGUGCGCCUGUGAACACUGCAGCCAGCACAUCAAGGAUGACCUGAUGAUGGCUGCUGCAGAGAGCGAGGGGAACAAACCCUCUGCUGAUAAGGUGAAAGAGGUGACUGCCUUCAGUAAGGAGUGUCUGGAGAAAAUCGAGAGGGCCCGUGUGGAGAAGGAUUAUCAGGAGGUAGUGAAGUUGUGUCGUGAGUGUCUGGAGAAGCAGGAGAACGUCUUGGCUGGUACUAACCUGUAUAAGCUACGUGUGCUCAGCGUUGCCAGUGAGGUGCUCUCAUACAUGCGGUCCUUCCCUGAGGCUGCAGGCUGCGCUCGCAAGAUGGUGGAGGGAUACACAAAGCUGUACCACCCCAACAAUGCCCAGUUGGGCAUGGCCAUCAUGAGAGCAGGCGUCACCCACUGGCAUGCAGGUCAGAUAGAGGUGGGUCAUGAAAUGAUCUGCAAGGCCUAUGGCAUCCUCAUGAUCACCCAUGGACCCAACCACGCCAUCACCAGAGACCUGGAGUCUAUGCGUAUGCAGACUGAAAUGGAGCUGAAGAUGUUCAAGCAGAAUGAGCAUGCGUACCACUCCAUGAGGGAUGCUGCUCUGAAGAGCCAGCCCAAAGUCAGCAGCUCCUAAGAUGAUCAAAGGCCUCCUCCACAAGCAUAAUGACAAUCAUUACUGAUGAUCCCAUCUGACCUUCUAUACUGUUUAUGUACAGUAUAUAAUGUAUAUGUCCUCUAAAGCUCACCAGUGUGUCUGAUGAUACACUGUUCUGUUAAAUUCGACAUGUGCAGAUUUAACAUGUUGCAUGCUCGAUAUCUACAAUAAAAGUGGAGAUAAAUUA